CAAAGAUGGCAGCUACAGUAAACAAGUGUAAUUCGGAUUAGGAAAACGCUUUGUCAGUAGCCGGCAAGCAAAGCAACGACGUGAUUAUUUUCCAACUAUCAGCUAUUGAAGCAUGAAUCUUUGCGGUGAAGUUACUGUGAACCUAGUCUAGGGACCAGUUCCUAGAAUUGAAAUCAUUGUAUGACAAUCUGGCUUGGAGAUUCUACAUUCGUAGAAUGAGUGAGCCACCUGCAAAGAGAAAGAAAACCAUUUUAGAUUUCUUUAAAAAAAACAAAUGUGACCAAGAUCAACCGGAUACCAAAACACGCAAGGGAAAAAUGGCUGAUGGAAAAGCUAACAAUCCAGCAAAACCUAUAGUUAGUGUUAAACUUCCUUUGACCAAGACUCUGUCUGGAGGCAAUCAGCAGACGACAAGUCAUGCGGAAGCCAGUAAUAGUGGAACAAGUCAUGCAGGAACAAGUCAUAUGGGAACCAGUCAUGCGGGAACCAGUCAUGCGGGAACAUCAUCUGUUAGCAAUCACAAAGGAUCAGUUUCAUUUCAAGGUUCAUCCUCUGUUGCGGCUGCCAUUCAUGGGGAAAAGAACGAAGCUGAGACGGUUCCAAUGGAUUGUGAUUCUCCGCUUCUGUUCUCAGACUCAGAGCCAUCUGGACAGGACAGUGAAGAACAUAUUCUUGAUAUUCCUACACGGAAACCAAGUGAGAGAAAAAAAGACUGUGUGUUCAUGGGGAUACCAAUAGCCAAACUAAACAAGAGUCCCAACUGCUUGGAGAGACUGCAGCCCCUCACAUCUAAUAACACACACACAGUCUUAUUCAAAGUUCCUUUUCAGUACAGUGGUAUGCCCCCAGAUCCCUUCCCAUCAAGCUUCAAGGAUCGCUGGGACAAUGAACAUGUGAGGAUGCCGUGUUCAAACUUCAAUGAAUACCCAGUCAGGGGCAAGGACGGAAAGCAGGCGGUACGGAGACGAUGGGAUAUGAUCACUGAAGUCUUGCUUUGCGACAUCCCUGGCCCGUACGAACUGGAGGAGGUCAUUCUAACAUAUAAUUCAAGGUAUUCAGAUCGAUGGGACUUCAAAACACUUCAUUAUUUCUUCAGCGAAGAAAUUGAGAAGGAGGAGAGGAAUCAUUUUUUCAACAAAACAUUAAAAGAAAUGGUUACGUUAGCUUUAAACCUUCCGAACCUUUGUACGCAGCCGAUACCACUUUUGAAGAAAGGAAAGAGUCGAAGUGUCACCUUCAGCCAACAGCAACUUUCCUGUUUGUUAGCGAAUGCGUUCUUUUGUACUUUUCCUCGUAGAAAUGCCAGACAAAAGACAUCUGAGUAUAGUAACUACCCUUCCAUCAAUUUUAACAGCUUGUUUGACGGUGCGCCGAACCAGGUGAAAUUGGAAAAACUGAGGUGCAUUAUGAACUAUUUUCGACGAGUCACAACCACAGUUCCCACAGGUACAGUGACUUUUGUUCGACAGACCGUGGACAAAUGUCCGGAAUGGAAUAAACUAGAUACGUCUCUACGGGGUUUACAUGUGUCUGCGGAGGGCACCAUAGAGGAUGAUGGGAUAGGCAUGCUACAGGUGGACUUUGCUAACAAGUACCUUGGAGGGGGCGUCCUAGGACAGGGGUGUGUUCAAGAGGAAAUCCGAUUUCUCAUCUGCCCAGAAAUGAUUGUGUCCCGCCUCAUCACGGAGUGUCUUGAAAAAAACGAGUGCCUCAUCAUGAAAGGUUGUGAGCGUUUCAGUGACUAUGAUGGUUAUGCCAAAACAUUCAGGUGGAAAAGCGACUAUGUGGACAAAACACCAAGAGACGACUGGGGACGACUGUGUACCGAUGUGGUGGCGAUAGAUGCCCUCAUCUUCCAUGGAUAUCCACGCCAAUUCAAAGCUAGCUCUGUGGUCCGGGAGCUUGACAAGGCCUAUUGUGGCUUCGUGCAUCCGCACUGUAAAGAGGUCAAGAACCUAUCCGCUGUCUGUACGGGAAACUGGGGAUGUGGCGCCUUCGGAGGGGACAAGCAACUCAAAGCUCUUAUCCAGCUGAUGGCAGCAUCACAGGCAAAGCGCGACCUUUGCUACUUCACUUUUGAUGACAAAGCUCUACGUGACGAACUGUACCGGAUACAUGACUACCUAACCAAAGUUAAUCCUAUAGGAAUUAGUAAUAUCAUGGUGCUGAUAGAUCAGUAUGAAAGGAAUGUGGUGAGCAAGUUCUUUAGGAAAAAGAAUGUCACCUUGUAUGAGUACAUUAUCAAGGUGUUCGAUGGCAGCCUGGAAAACACAGAUUCUGAACCAGAAUCCCCUGCCGAUUUCUCCCAGAGCAGCCAAGAGGGAAUAAAUGCCGAAUCGGUUCAUGGCAAAGCUAAAGAAUCGCUUAAUUUCUGAUGGCUUCAUUACAUGGAAAGCAUGUAGAAGACAUUUAUUUAAUGGCUUCAUUCUGGAACAUGUAGAAACAUUUAUUUCUAAUGCCUGGGUAAGGCCAUUACGGUAAAAGAUCUACCCAACAGGAGAAUUCAAGGUUUCUGAAAAAAGAACCAAGGAAAGGUGUGAUCUAAUUCAAACUGUACAUUAUCGUAAGUCACUCCCACCUUGUAUAGAAUUUCUUGAUUUCUGAAAUCCUUCUAUAGGAUAUAUAUUUGACUGGAAUGCCUCUUACAUAAAAAUAUCAUCGUAAUGGAGAAAAAAAAAUUAAUACAAUGACUGUUUCUUGCAAGUGUAUUUAAUAAACUCGCAAACUCACUACAUGUAUGUGGUAUUUAUCAAAUAACGACGAAAUUUGUAUACAGAUAUCGCUUGUUAAUGAUUUUAAUUUAAGAUGAUAUUUUGUCACAUUUUCUUUUUUACUUGGUUUUAAGCCUAAACACUGCUGGAUCAAAUGUAACAUUACAAAUUAUAUUUACUGGGUAUAUACAGCAAACUACAUGUAGUAUUCAGUAAAAACAGAAACUGCGUUGGUAUGUAAAUAUUUUAAAUGUUAGCCUGUCAAUUCUCCUGUGAUUUUUGUUUCGUAUAAUUAAUUCAAAACAGAAACUUACCAUGGAACUGGAUUUCAAACAAACCUUUUCAUUUGAUUAUUGUUUAAAUAAAUUUUCAAAAUUUAAUAGACACCUGCACUUACUAACAAUAAAGCAUAAAUAUUGUGCAAUUAAAUAAUUUGAAGACAUUAUUAAUUAUCAAAUAACUAAUUAUAAGAUUAAUGAUCGUUAGACAUAAUUUUAACAGUAUUUAAUGGUUUUUUUUCAUGAAUUCAUGAAUUAUAAAAGUUUGUAGAAAUUAGUGACAAUAAAAACAAGGAUAUUGCUUUAACAGUGUUAUUGCAAAACUUUUUUUUCACUUCGGUCUUUGUGAUAUUAUUUAUUUUUGCAAAUACAAAACUUAGACAUUUUUGUAUAACUAUCAAUUAUGUAAUUAUGAUAUUUUUGUUGUCAUUAAUUUCAUUAAUUACUAGACUAUUAGAUAAUGGUGCGUAAUUUCAUCCUGAUCGCCUGACGAACAUGUGAGCUGAUGUUGUGGUGUUAUGUCCGUCAUAGAUUUGUGAUGCUAAUAUUAGGAAAUUUCAACUGCAAUGAAUAUAUUUUUUUGACCAUUCCAUGCUUAUAUAUCACUUACUUCUGAAUCAUUUCAUUGUUUUUAAACCCCUCAUAUAUUGUGUCUGAGGGUUCCUGGAACUUUAAUUGUUCAAAAAACCUCUUGGUAAUCAAGAGGCUUAGUAACAGUAGCAAGCAGAGGUUACUUGUAAGAGUUAUCAAGUUUGUAAAUUGCAUGACCUUGACCCACUUUCAAGUUUUCACAGGUCAAGUUAGUUAACAUCUUUAAACCUCUUCAUUACAAGAUAUUGAGCCAUCACUUAAGUUUGUUCAAAUAAAUGACCUUGAUACACUUACAAGGUCACACAGGUGUCAAAAGCAUAAAUUCUUUCAAUGUGAUUUCUUACGAAGAUUCAUAGGAUUACGAUCUUCUGGCAGUAGCAUGCUGGGAUUAAGUGUUACCAAAUUAUAUCGAAUGUUCAGAUGAAUAACCUUGAACAUUAUUCAAUGUCACAGGGAUCAAAUGUGUCGAAGAUAUUUCUGAAUUAUCAAGAGUACUAACAAUAUCCUGUAUUUGUAUAACACUGGAAUGAAUAGCUUGUAAGUUCCAAGGUUCCAAAUCAGCUGAUCCAGACCAACUUUCUAA